AUGCGCUCUUCAAUGAGCUCCGAGUCCACUGCCAGUGAUGGCUGGACGCCGAUCGAGUUCCAUGCAAGCCGCCACACCGAGGACAGAGAGCCUGAAUACAACGAUGACAACGAGCCAUCAGCCCAAGUCGUCAUCAUAGCCUCGUCCAGCUACAACGCCGAUUUGACAUCCGAGAAUGCCCAAGGUGGCAAUGUCGCUGGCACUUUUGAGAUACCCUAUCGGGUAAGAUCUCACGGAUGUUCAACGGAGACCGCAAGCUCGGACCAGACCUUCUUCGCCGACGAAGUCGUGAACCACCAGGAAACCUUGGCUACGGCUCCCCCUCUGACGGCUAGUCAGUCCCUCCUCAAAGGCCCUUCCCUCACAGCAUCGGUCUUAGGGCGAUACAGUGAGGUAGUGGCCCAGCCCUACGUUGGCAAUAUACCCAGCUGGAUUGAGGGCGCCGGCUUUGUUGGUCGGUUUGCCGGACCUGUGGUCUCGGAAAACCCUCCGAUUACAAGGCCUCCCAAGUCCAUGUACAGCAUUUCGAGCAACGACGGAUCCGACUUUGCUUACGUACCAUCGCCUCAGGAGCAGGCGAACCUUGUUGUGGGCUCCGGCGGAUGGUGCGGGGAGCCAGAUGGCAAACAUCCCCGUCGAGUCUCGACCUUCGACCUGCUUGAGGACCUCAUGCCUCUUUCCGACUGA